AUGAUUGAGAAGCUAGCGGUCGGCUUCUUUGACAUGGCAAAGACGCUGAAGAAGUCGAUCAAGGCGCUGGAACGCGGCAAGGGCGUCGGCGGUGAGGAACUGACCCACUCGUAUGCGCUGUCGGUCACGGCGGGCGUCGUCAAGCAGAUGGCGGCGUGGAACGAGCGGUUCCACACCCGGUUUUCGGUCUUCCACGACACAGUGAGCGCGUUUUCCAAGUCUGCGUCGAAAAAGUCCAAGCGGCUUGCGUCAGACAACAAGGCCAAGCUGAAGGAGCUGGAUGAUCUGCGGCACAGGAUCAAGACGAGCAAGAAGGAGUCUGAGGCGCGGAACAACGCAGCAAAAGAGGCAUCGGACGACAUGUCGUCCAAGAACUAUCUCAAGUUCAAAAAGAAGGCCGACGCUGCGCUGUCGCAAUACAAGGCGUCUGUGGAGCAGUUCAACACGGCCGAGGAAGAGUACAUUGGUGAGUUGCGUCCGCAGUACAUCACCGAUCUCGAGGGUGUGGAGAAGUCACGGCUGGAGCUUGUGCGGCAGCUGAUGGCCAUUGUGCGCUCGUUUGUCAAGAUGCCGUCGGACCAGUGGGCGUCGCAGAUUUCCGACGCUCUCUCGCAGUGCGACGAAAAGACAGACAUGGACUUGUUUGUGGGCGAGACCCGCGAGGCACUCUCAGCCUCAGACGUUUCGUCGAUUGUGACGGAGCAGGCGUCGAUCACAACCACGGCCGAGAAGCGGGUCUUCUUCCAGCGAAUGUUCAAGGACGUCUUUGGUGCGCCUUUCAUUCGCGAGAAGAUUGCCCGCCGCCAGCGUCGCGCCGAUCGCCGUGCCGCCGGUCGCCACCUCACGCUUGCCGAUCUAGCCGCCGCCGGCGCCGCCGCAGCCUCCUUCGGCCCGUCGGCUGUCGCCACCUACUCGUCGCCGGUCAAAAGAGGCGAGUCUAGGAAAGAGAAGAAGAGCGCCGGCAAGAGCAAGAAGGGCAAGGCGAAAUUGUCCAAGGAUCCGGAUCGCAAACGAAAGCGGUUUUCGACUCUGCUCCGCCGCCGCAAGCAGCCUCCGCCGCCGCCUAAUCGCGAGUCGUCGGUCGAUGUCGAACGACUUCAGGCCCAGCUCGCCGCCGCCGAUCCUGACGCCCCUCCCGCCGCUGGUGGCGGUGAGGUUCCCGAAUCGGAAGAGUAUGACACAUCCUUCAUUCCACCGCCGCCUGCAGGUGGACCGCCUUCAGGUGGACCGCCUUCAGGUGGACCGCCUUCAGGUGGGCCACCUUCAGGUGGGCCGCCUCACGAGCCGAACAAUGGCAGCAGCACCCCGCCUGGCAAUGGCGAUGAGUACGAUACGUCGUUUAUUCCGCCUCCACCAGCCGGCGGACCGCCGCCUGUCCACAACGCCACCGCCCACACCCCACAAUCCGGCACCCAAGCCGACAAGGCCGAGCCGGGCACGCAGCGCGCCUCGCACUCUGAUGGUGGCUGGUCAUCGUCCGGUGAUGAAGUCUAGCG